AGAUUUUGAACUUUUGCGGGACAGACCCAACAUUGGACGACCCAAUCCAAUUAAUCCAAAUAAGUAUAACCCAACUAACACCGGACAAACCGACCCAACCCAACUGUUUGAUGACCCGACCCACUUACCCACCUCAUCCGGAUCUCAAUCCUGGACAACAACAUAAACAGAGUGUUACUUCUUAACUCUUCCAAUUUCCAAAACACUUCAGAACUCGCCGGAAAAAAUUAUGGCCACUUUUUUGCAAGCGCCGAUGGCUUACUCAGUCCGGUACUCUUCUUCUUUAUCGGAAUCUGUCCGGAGAACAAGCCGUCUGAAGUUUGAUUGCCGUGCUUUCGGUGCCAACAACUCAGCUAAAAUCCCCUUACCUCCGGUGAACCCUAAGGACCCGUUCCUUUCUAGACUCACUUCCGCUGCCGCUUCCUCCCCCGAAGCCUUGGUUAACCGCCCGGUCGAUUCCGAUGUGCCUCCGUUUCUUGACCUGUUCGAUUCUCCAAGGCUCAUGGCUUCUCCUGCCCAAGUGGAAAGGUCGGUUUCAUAUGACGAGGGCAGGCCACGAUCCCCACCGCCAGACUUACCAUCAUUACUUCUUGAUGAGGGAAUUGUUUACAUUGGCAUGCCGCUGGUGCCUGCAGUCACAGAGCUAGUUAUUGCACAACUGAUGUAUCUGCAGUGGAAGGAUCCUAAAGCACCAAUUUAUCUCUAUAUAAAUUCCACUGGAACAGCUCGUGAUGAUGGUGUAACGGUUGGGAGGGAGACAGAUGGUUUUGCCAUCUAUGAUUCAUUGAUGCACGUAAAAAAUGAGAUUCGUACAGUUUGUAUUGGAGCUGCUGUCGGGCAGUCUUGUCUACUACUUGCUGCAGGGACCAAGGGUAAAAGGUCUAUGCUCCCACAUGCAACAGCUGCAAUCCAUCAGCCUCGUGUUCCAUCAUCUGGUUUGAUGCAAGCUAGUGAUGUUCUUAUUCAUGCCAAAGAGAUAAUAACUAACAGAGACACUCUCGUGGAACUUCUGGCAAAGCACACUGGAAACUCGGUAGAGACUGUAGCCAAUAAAAUGAAAAGACGGUUUUAUAUGGAUGCUGUGAGAGCUAGGGAAUUUGGGGUUAUUGACACGAUUCUUUGGCGUGGCCAAGAAAAAUUGAAGGCAGAAAUUGAGCCUGAUGUCUUGGCUGAUGAUCCUAGCUUUGAAAUUGUACAUGGGAAUUAGUUUCUGGGCAUCAGAUGCUUGUCAUUGGAGUCAUGUAGAGAAGAGAGAUAUAAAGGAUAACUUAACAAUGAUCCUGUGAUGGAAGUUAAAUUUGCUUGUAGGACCUUCACGCAUCAAUGGAGAGCCUUGACUACAUCACAACAGAAUAGCAGAAUGCUCAAUGUAAGAAUGUUUUCAUAUGCCCUUGGUUUAUGUAUUUGAUUCUGUAUACCCAUAUAUAGAUCAGGAUCAGGCUUCUGCUAAAUUUGUUAAUAUUACUUUUAAGCAACCCAAUAACAAAUAUUGUCUUUGGACGACAUUUCAAGUUCAUUGAACAUCGUUCCUUCUGUAAUGCGUUGUUGUGAGGAAAUUCGUUUCUCAUUAUUUCUUUGGACAAAGGAUUCUUAAUCUAUG